UCAGGCUUAAUCUCAUCAAUUUGAAAAACUCAAUCGUUAUGAGAUCAAGUGUGCGGACAAAUGGCAGACCCAAGAGUGGAGCCAAUUCUCGAGGGCCAGGAUCUCUUUCUGUCCGGAAACCGAGCUUCCGUGAGUAUCAAGCUAUUCUCGAUGGUCUGAAGGUUUCAUUCAACAAGAGAUGGAAAGCUAGUAAACACAAAAAGGGGAACGAGGCAUUCGAUGAUUUCGAGAGACUACGGACACUGGGAACUGGUGCAUUUGGAAGAGUUCUAUUGGUUAAAUACAAACCCACGUCUCAGUAUUACGCAAUGAAGACUCUGGAGAAGGAGAAAAUUGUGAAGAUGAAGCAGGUUGAGCACACACUGAACGAGAAGAAAGUGCUUUAUGCAAUCAAGUUCCCCUUUGUGGUAUCGAUGGAGUUCUUCUUCAUGGACAAUUCCUUCGUCUACAUAGUUCUGCCAUUUAUUAACGGCGGUGAGAUGUUCUCGCAUCUGAGGAAAAUGGGAAAGUUUGACGAAAAGUUGUCCCUGUUUUACGCAGCUCAGGUGGCAAUGGCCCUGGAGUAUCUGCACUACUGUGGACUAGUUUAUCGAGAUCUCAAGCCGGAGAAUAUUCUCCUGGAUCACGAUGGAUACGUCAAACUGACGGACUUUGGUUUCUGCAAAAUGAUCGAGGGAAGGACUUGGACAUUGUGCGGAACUCCUGAAUAUUUGGCACCUGAGAUUAUUCUGUCGAAAGGAUAUGGCAAGUCUUGCGACUGGUGGAGCUAUGGAGUGCUCAUAUACGAGAUGAAUGCUGGGUACGCACCGUUUUACUCUCACGAUCCCAUGAGGAUUUACGAGAAAAUAGUGGCGGGGAAGUUCAAGUGUCCUAGCCACUUCAGCGACGAGCUGCGAGAUAUUUUGAAGAAUAUUCUUCAAGUAGACCUCACGAGACGCUAUGGAAACCUGAAGGACGGCCCCUUGGACAUUAAACGACAUUCGUGGUUUCGGGCCAUCAGUUGGGAUCAAAUUUACAACCGAAAAGUCGAGCCCUCUCACGUUCCCAAGUGCAAAAAUGCUGGAGACGACAGUAACUUUGAUCGUUACGAGGAGGAAGAGAUUGUCGUUGGAUCUGAGGAUCGCUACGAGGAGGAGUUCGCGGAUUUUUGAUGUGUUGUACCUACCUUUGAGCUGCUGAAAGUAACGAUUCAGUGCGUCGUGGCAUCCCAGGACGCAGUAGAGCUCCUUCGGCGGCAGGAGUUCUUGUGUGCCAUUCUGCAUAAUGAUUUGUGGAUUUAAUAAAGAUUAUUCAUCAAUCAUGUAUCGUAAUAAAUCUAUUGUUGAGUACUUACGCAAAUUGACUGACAACUCGUCUCGAGUGCCUGCUCCCAUGCUGCACAACCUUUCGUACACUUGAAUUGAGAAA